CAGUGUCUGGGCCAAACCAAAAGGACAGAGAGAGGCAAAAGCUAGUGCGACGCAUGUGAUACCAUGUGAAAAAGAGGAGACAGGGAGAGCCACUGACACCCCCCCUCUUUUCGAUCUGCUCUCCCUCUCCUCUCCUCUCGCCGGAGCCCUACAGAUAUCCACACACUCUUCUUCCGAUGAGGCCGCCGGAACCCUAGAUAGGCACACACACUCUUCUUCGGCCAUGAGGCCGUCGGAACCCUAGAUAUCCACACUCUUCUUGGGCCAUGAGGCCGCCGGACAUGUAUGACCCCGGCGGCAGCUCUUCGUCGUCCCGGCCGCACGGCAAGCAGGAGCUGCAGCCGGAGCCGGAGGAGGCCGCAGAGGGCGCUCCUCGGCCGACCGCUACGCCUUGCGCACGAGCAAAGCAGAGGGGGUACGGCCUGAAUAUGGAGGAGCGCGACGUGUCCACGAGCAAAGCGCACCGCAGCGAGCUCAAGUCGUUGCUCGCGGCUCGGGGCUGCGCCUUCUCCCUCCCGCAGCUCCUCGUCGGCGGCCCUGACGAUGUCAGGAAGCUUCACCAGACAGGCGGGCUGCGGCCCCUCCUCGACGGCGCCCCGAAGCCGUGCCGCGCCUUGGUCUGCGAAACCCACAGGAGGGUCGGCUCCGAGCCCUGCAGGGAGUGCCGCAACAAGAUGCUGGAUCAUGGCAUAACCAUUGUUGAGCAAGAGGAAGACCACAGGAGGCUUGUCCUUUCUUAUCCAACCCAAGGUGUAGUGGAGGGUGGAGAGGAGCAGGCUGUGGUCUCGUGGAGCAAUACCAUUGAUGUGAUAGGUGGGGAACUCUUCAUCCGUUGCCUCCACCUUGUGUCCAGGUGGGACUACGGCGCCUCCAUCGCCUCCCUCAACCGUGAAUUCAAUUCGGUGGUUCGCAACGGGGACAUCUACCGCCUUCGUCGAAAGAAUGGGGUGGCAGAGCACUGGCUCUACCUCUCUUGCAAUAAUGUUACGGAGUGGGAUGCUUAUGACCCGUCCACUGGGCGCUGGAUCCACGUGCCCAAGAUGCCACCGGCUCAAAGAGGAGUCUGGGAGUCGCUGGCUGUAGGAACCGAACUGCUGAUGUUUGGGGCCUACGGAAGGGUUGCCUUGAGAUAUAGCAUCCUUACCAAUUCAUGGACAGGGCUGGCUGAUGCUGAUGCUGAUGCGAUCAACACUGCGCGGUAUGGGUUUGGGUCAGCAAGUGUCGGUGAGAAGGUGUACGUCGCGGGAGGCAUGGAUCCUUCUCAUAUUAAUGUAUUGAGCUCGGCAGAGAUGUAUGACUCGGAGACACAUACUUGGACACCCCUUCCCAGCAUGAAUAGGGCCAGGUACGGAUGCUCUGGCGCCUUCAUGGACGGCAAGUUCUAUGUGAUCGGUGGUAAUAGGAGUAGCGACGAGGUGCUGACUUGCGGUGAGGAGUAUGACUUGAAACUGCGGUCAUGGAGGGUCAUCGACAACAUGUCUCAGGGGCUCAACGAGACAGUCGAUGGAGCUCCUCUGCUCCUUGCGGUUGUCAACAACGAGCUUUAUGCUGCUGAUUACAGUGAGAAUAAUGAUUUGAAGCAGUAUGAUAAGCUGGACAACAAGUGGAUCACUCUUGGGAAAUUGCCUGUACAGUCGUGGGACAAAUAUUGCUGGGACAUGGGUUUCCGAGCGUGUGGUGACCGGCUGAUUGUUAUUGGGCGUCCAAACGAUUCAGCUGAUGAGGAGGUGGUUGAGCUUCAUUCGUGGACCCCGGAUGGGCAACCGCCUGUGUGGAAUUUGUUUGCCACACGGCCAUACUGUGGCGGCCAGAUUCUGUGCGCCGCGAUGGGUUGCUGAGUCGGUCAACUGAAUAAAGAUAAAGUGCUGGCUGUGCCUCAUUCUCAGUCUCAAUUUCCUGGGAGUGCCCCGCUGAUGAUACAAAAAGAGUUGCAGAGAAAGUAAGAAACAUCCCAUUUUUCUUCAUGUUUGUGUUCCAAUAAUGUUUUAACGCUUCCUACGGGCGUUCUGAUGAUCUUGAUCUCCAUCAUCCAACUUUAUCUUUACAGUAGAACACAACUCUCAGUUACUUUCCGAACAUCGAAUGCAGUCUCUAGCUUUCCCUCUAUUUUUGUUCAAGAUUUUUCAAACUCUGAAUAAAAAACAAUUUAGACCCUUCGAUAUUCAGUCAGCUGUUAUGAAAAUGUAUUUACUCGUAGUUAAUUUGGUAUAGAUUAAUCUGCUCUAAGAGUGUAAAAUCAUGAUUUUUCUUUCCAGUUGUUUAUUUUUCUUUACAGUCGUUUCAACAACGUUCAACCGAAAAUAAGGAAAGGCUGAACGUGUUUUUCCUGCUUUUACUGCACUUGCAAUAUUUCUCAUGAUUAUAACCCAACGUUUGUUCGAUUAUAAAGGUGAAUUACAUAAACACAUGUAGUCGUGAUAAGAGAUAGGAAGGAGACGGCUUGUUUAUGCUCUACUUUCUUCAUCCUGUCCAGAGCAAGAGAUCAUCAAUGAUUCAAAGAUGCUAUGGUGAUUUUGUUGCAUGAUUGCCAUAACAUUUCUAGAGUCCCGUGCAUAAUGAGUGGAAUGGAGUACCAAAUGGCCGGAUCCACGCAACCCGCGGCACGCGCGCUCAUCAUGAGGAAGUGAGUCGUGGCGGACGGCGGAGGAGGAGCACAUGUACAACUCAUUUUCCCAAGCUUUCAAUGGCAGUGAUAGAGCAGCCCUUAUAAAGAAGUCUUACUCUUAUUAUUGUAGCAGCAUGAUACUAAACUUUCCAUCAUUUGUCGUACAUUCACAUGGGUCAUAGAGAUUAACCAGGGAUUAUCGUCUUA